AUGGAUAAAAAGAACCUAACAACUGUGAGUGAACUUUUUCUCUUGGGAUUUCAGAAUUUAAACUGCUUCAGGAUUCCUCUUUUUUGUUUGAUUCUUUUCAUUUACCUUUUGACAGUGAGUGGGAACAUCGUGAUUAUAGUGUUGGUGUCCAUCAGCCGAAACCUUCAGUCCCCCAUGUACUUCUUUGUCCAGCAACUGUCGUUAUGUGACCUGCUACAAACUACAUGCACUGUACCUGUCUUACUCUGGACUGUACUAAAUGCCGGGGCCCCUAUCUCAGUAGGCGGCUGUAUAACACAAUUUUAUUUUGUUGAUGCCUCCGAAAGUGUUGAGUGUUUGCUUCUAACUGUAAUGUCCUUUGAUAGAUAUUUGGCCAUCUGCAAUCCUCUGCAUUACAGGUCUUUAAUGAAUCCCAAGCUUUGUGUUGAACUGACUCUCAUACCUUGGCUGCUUGGCUUCAGCAUUGGUUUUAUCACUGCUAAUGCCAUAGGAAAUCUCCAGUUCUGCAACCAAAAUAUCAUCAACCAUUUCUUCUGCGAUUACUUUCCUCUCCUGGAACUUUCCUGCAUGGACACUUUCAUAGCGCAAACAGAAGCAAUACUUCAGGCUGUGCUUGUGGUUUUUAUUCCUGUUAUAUUGAUCAUUAUAUCAUAUGUUUUUAUCAUUCAUACAGUUCUAAAGAUAGUUUCCACUACUGGGAGACAAAAGGCCUUCUCCACCUGCAGCUCCCACCUUAUAGUGGUCCUCCUGUUUUAUGGGAGUCUCGUUGGUAUUUAUGUCGUUCCUCCCAGAAAACAAUCAAUGACUAUCAGCAAAGUUCUCUCUCUAUCGUACACUCUUGUGACUCCUUUGAUGAACCCUGUUAUUUACAGCCUAAGAAGCAAAGAUAUGAAAAAAGCUUUCAAAAAAAUGUUGUCUUUUUGAUGAUAUCUGGUACAGUUUAGAGAUGUCAGUUUCUGAACCUAUUUUGGGAGUCCCCUAGAUUCAGACAUAGGAAAUUUCUUUAUUAUUAUAAAAUAAACACUGUUCAUAAAUAAGUACACACCUCAAUCAACAAAAACAA